AGGGGGGUAAAUUAGAGGAUGGACACAUACGUGCGCAAGGUGCAGCCUGGAUAGGUGCUGCAUGUAAGUUUACUAUUUCCGAUACUAUAAACGCGUGCAGACCGCAACUCAUGCAUCGUUCUCAAACAAUAAAUCUCCAAUACACAAGAAGGUUUCUGUCUCAGCUAGCGAAAUGGCUUUCGCGCUCAAUGCAUCUUGCUACCCUUCGUCUUUCUCGUCGCUGCUCCCGUGGCGGAUGGCAGCAGCGGUGAUGAUACCAAGGCGGAGGAAUGUUCUGCCUGUCAUUAAGGCGGUUGCGGUGGCUCCGCCCGCCCCGGCGCCGGCGAAGCCAGCAGCCGUGAGGAGCCGGCCCGUGUCGGUCACCAUGGCCAAGCUCAUGGCUAAGGGCAAGACAGCGCUCAUCCCGUAUAUCACCGCCGGUGAUCCUGACCUGGCCACAACGGCGGAGGCGCUGCGUCUCCUGGAUGCGUGUGGCGCCGACGUCAUUGAGCUUGGCGUGCCAUGCUCCGACCCCUACGUGGACGGUCCGAUCAUCCAGGCUUCGAGUGCGAGGGCUCUGGCGGGCGGUGCCACAAUGGACGGCGUGCUGGCGAUGCUCAAGGAGGUGACGCCGGAGCUGUCGUGCCCUGUGGUGCUCUUCUCGUACUACAGGCCUAUCUUGUGUCGAGGGUUGGCCGAAAUCAAAGAAGCCGGUGUACACGGUCUUAUAGUGCCUGAUCUCCCUUAUGUAGCCGCGCAUGCAUUAUGGAGUGAAGCCAAGAAGAACAACCUCGAGCUGGUGCUGCUCACAACACCAGCCAUACCAGAAGAAAGAAUGAAGGAAAUCACGAAAGCUUCGGAAGGUUUCAUUUACCUGGUGACCGUCAAUGGAGUUACAGGUCCCCGUGAAAACGUGAACCUUCGGGUUGAGUCCCUCAUUCAAGAGAUAAAAAAGGUUACUGACAAACCUGUUGCUGUUGGCUUUGGCAUAUCAAAACCUGAACACGUAAAGCAGAUUGCAAGAUGGGGUGCGGAUGGGGUGAUCAUUGGCAGUGCGAUGGUGAGGCAGUUGGGUGAAGCAGCUUCGCCCAGAGAAGGAUUGAAAAGGCUAGAGGCAUAUGCCAGGAGCAUGAAGAAUGCACUACCAUGAUGAAGUGUGUGGAUGGACACAGCACUAGUAAUAAAUUGAUCGGAAGCCCAGUAAUAAAGCUACUCCGACUAGAUCGUCAAUAUGUUAUCAGCAUGUGGAGUUAGAAAUCGGAGUACUACCGUGUUUCCAGUUCAGCGAGUAGAUCGUCAUUGUAUCAUUAGCCUUUGGCCGGCCGGUGAUGGUCCUGAGUAACUAGUUCACCGGUUACAGCAAGUUGGAAUAAGCCGUGUAUAUACAAAAAUGUGCUUGAAUCCAUGACUCGGCAAAUAAAACAAGAUGUGCUCAUGCUUA